AUGAUGAGCGAUGCGACUAGGCUCGAUCAGGAUUGGAUGAGAAUGGUCGAGUUACGAGGUGGCACCGGCAUGACGAGCGGUCUGAGCGGUCGUGGUUCGUCGAGUCGUCUCCAUUACACGAUACUCACGAUCCUUGACACUGUGUUCUCCGCCACUGUGGCCGCACCGGCUGUGGUCGGAUAUUGGAGGGGCACCUGGGGCCUGAGCGACGUAUACGUAUAUCCGGAGGAUCUUGUGCUGAGCAGCUUCACAUCGAUAGUGAUCGGUUUCAUAGGGCUCUACGCGUUCAAUGUAUCGCAAAAUGUCCUGAACGGUCUACUCCACCCGGACAAGCAUAGACUCUCGUACUAUGUCGGGUCGCGACUUUACACGGCGAUUUUCGGGUUCUGUUGCGUGAACGCAUGGCGUGGCGCAUGGCACGUCCUCGACCUCUACACCGAACGGACACCCGGCACCGUGUUCGCCACCACCGCGGUCAGCCUGCUCGCCCUCGCCAUCAUGCGCGCGGUCAGGAACAUCUCCGCGCCGCCGUUCUCCCUUUGCCUGGACUCGUGUCCCGGAUACUUCGAAGUGCAGACCAUGUUCCGCGUGAAUAACACGAGAGACUGGUCGUUGUACUUAUUGGAUUGUGCGUUCAGCGUUGGUGUCGUUGGUACCCUGGUCGUGUUCGUCUGGAGGGGUGUCUGGAUGCUUUUGGAUAUCUACCUGUUCCCGGACGAUCGAGAGUACUCCGUGAUCGGAUCCCUUGCCAUUGGAUACGUGAUCGUGACGGUGACGUUCUCCCUGCAACCGUUGAUGAGAUACGUCUGCGCUCGUCUCCAGGGUUUCUCGCGUCUUAUAGCCGCGGACAGUUUCCUUCUGCUGAGCUUCCUGGGUACGGUGAACGUGUGGCGUGGCAUCUGGAACCUCCUGGACCUAUGGCUGGUCCCGGACAAUCCGGAACUCUCCUGCUGGAUCACGCAUGUCGGAUGUUUCGUGUUCCUAGUGCUUCUGAACUGCAGCAAUUCGAUCCUCGUGCGGGGCGUCUACAUCGACGCCGAGGAGGAGGACGGAAAGUGCGUCGUGUUCCCCUGUCACUAUCUUCGAUUGUUCUUCAAGGUCGAACGCGAAAAGAAGGAAGCGAGGCGACGAAACCUGCUGGUUGCCUCAAAGGACUUCCGGCCGCGAACGGACGGGAACGCGAAGGACACGGAGAACGGUGCUCUGCUGCACAACAGCGCGCCUACCACCAUCUUACCGACCAAUCCUGAAUCUCUUGUCUAACCGUUCAGGUCGAGGAUAUCGGUUUAUCCCCC